AACUUUCAGCUCAGCUGGCAACUGGAUCCAUCUCUGACGGGAGCCCCAGGACUCAGGUCAAUCCAGUGACAGACAUGGCCAUGGCCCCAAGGGGACCCCGCCCCUUGCUCUUCCUCACCAUGGUCCUGCUGGCUGCCUGUCUGGCCCAGCUCAGCGAAGGCGCCACCUACCGGCAGUUCCUGAACCGACAUGUUGACUUCCCCAAGAGCGGUGGCAACAACCGGAUCUACUGCAACCGCAUAAUGCAGCGCCGAGGCCUGACCCGCCCUGUCUGCAAAUUCACCAACACCUUCAUCCACGCCCCCACCGGUCAGGUCCAGGCCAUCUGCAGGGGUGCAGGGAGAUGCCACGGACGCAACUUCUGCGACAGUAACGCAUCCUUCCGCCUCACCACCUGCCGGGUGGUGCCCGGCUCCCGCCCGGGGCGCUGUGUUUACAGGGCCAGAGUCCAGAACCGCAAGAUUCGCGUUGCCUGUAACCAGCGGCUGCCCGUGCACUUUGAAAGAAUCCUGUAGACCCCGGGCUCUGGCCAUGGGCUGGGAGCAGGGGGGCCCCUGUUCCCCCGCUUUCGCUGCUGGGGGCUUUCGUGCCCCAUCCCUGUCCCUGCCCCUCCUGGGACAAUGUUUGCCACAAAUACAUUCAGCAUCUCCUCUUAUCCCACAGGCCGGCAGCUUCAGGCUUGCGGGGUGCAGGGGAUUUCCCAUGCUGGGAGCCCAGUCCCCAUCCACACAAGUGAAAAUCCGGGUGCCCAGCCCCUGCAGCAGGCACUGAGACCAUCAGCCUGAGCCCAGCACCUGCCUCACUGGGUGCCCAUUAUACAGUAUGGCCGCCCCCUCCCACCCGACAUAAAUUGGGUAGUGGGGGACAGGUUGUGGGGAGAAGAUUGUCCCAGGCGGGGACCUGGAAGCUGUCCCUGAGUUUUGUUUCCUUGUUGCUUUUUGCAAUAAAACACUUUCCUGCCAGUGCAAAAUGAA